CUGUUGACGUCAUAUCCGGUUUCUCCGUCUCUAGACAAGCAGUAGAGGCUUUAAGCAUGGCGGACACCGGUUUAUUAGAAUCGCUCUUGCGGCUAGUGGAAAAGGUUGACGGUGGUAUUGACAGCCAGGAUGUGGCGGGCAGUCUCUCAGUCGACCACCAGGUCGUUGUUGGGGCCGUAAAGAGUCUCCAGGCUCUCGGAGAGGUGAUUGAUGCAGAGCAGCGCUCCUCCAAGCACUGGGAGCUGACCGGAGAGGGACGCGAGAUAGCCGAGCAGGGAAGCCAUGAAGCCCAGGUGUUUAACGCCAUACCCGAAGAGGGAAUGCCUCAGAGCCAGCUCAUGAAACUGGCCAGUGGGAAAGUGGGCUUCAGCAAGGCCAUGUCCAACAAAUGGAUCCGUGUGGAUAAAGGUCACAAGGGCGGCCCCAGAGUGUUCAGAAUGGUGGAGAGCAUUGACGACACGGUCAGAGAGAAACUGCAGCUAGUGAAGAAGGGCCAGUCAUCGCAACUGGAGGAGAAAGAGAAGAACGAACUGAAAAAACGGAAACUGCUCACAGAGGUGACAGUUAAAUCCUACUGGAUCACCAAAGGCAGCAACUUCAGCACCACCAUCACCAAACAGGAGACUGAACUCACACCAGAAAUGAUUGCUAGUGGAAGUUGGAAGGAGAAGAAAUUCAAGCCCUAUAACUUUGAGGCAAUGGGUGUUGCUCCAGACUGUGGCCAUUUGCACCCUCUGAUGAAGGUGCGGACACAGUUCAGACAGAUCUUCCUGGAGAUGGGGUUCACGGAGAUGCCCACCAAUAACUUUAUUGAGAGCUCUUUCUGGAACUUUGAUUCUCUGUUCCAGCCCCAGCAGCACCCAGCCAGAGAUCAGCAUGACACUUUCUUCCUGUCUGAUCCAGCAGUAGCUCAUAAAUUUCCCCAAGACUACCUAGAGAGGGUGAAAAAGGUCCAUUCUGAGGGAGGAUAUGGAUCACAGGGGUACAAGUAUGACUGGAAGAUUGAGGAAGCUCAGAAGAACAUCCUCCGUACACACACGACAGCUGUCAGCGCACGCAUGCUCUACAAACUGGCACAGCAGGAGAAGUUCACACCAGUGAAGUACUUCUCUAUAGACCGCGUGUUUCGCAACGAGACUCUGGACGCCACUCACCUGGCAGAGUUCCAUCAGAUCGAGGGUGUGGUUGCUGAUUAUGGCCUGACACUGGGUGACUUGAUGGGGGUUCUGCAUCAAUUCUUCACCAAACUAGGAAUCACUAAAUUGCGUUUCAAGCCAGCUUACAACCCUUACACUGAGCCCAGCAUGGAGGUGUUCAGCUAUCAUGAAGGGCUGAAGAAAUGGGUAGAGGUUGGGAACUCUGGGGUCUUCAGACCUGAGAUGCUGCUGCCUAUGGGUUUACCAGAGGACGUGUCUGUCAUCGCCUGGGGACUGUCUUUGGAGCGGCCCACCAUGAUCAAGUACGGCAUCAACAACAUACGUGAGCUUGUGGGGCAUAAAGUAAACCUGCAGAUGGUGUACGACAGCCCGGUGUGUCGCCUGGACUCUUAAACUGCACUCAGGAACAAUCAAAUGACAGAAAAGCCUGUCUCUUUAAAAGCCUCUCAUAUACAAAUCUCAUGGAUAAUUCAAGCAUCCUGGAUCAGUCCACAAUGCCCUAUGUAAAUCACACCGGUGACCCUCUGACAUACACUCUGCUGGGGUCCAUGGUCAGUAUCUCAAUGAUUAAGAGACUAAGUUGGGCUGACACCUUUGACGGAGUGGAAAAAAAAGAAUUAUGACAUAUUUUAGGUGAAGAUGCCAGUUAUAAAAUAUGUUUAUUUUAUCCCCAUACAGAUUCACUACUCCAAUCAAAUCUGCAUGCACUUAGUACUGUCUAUGAGCUUUCUGACUCAUCCCUACUAGUUCUGACUGUCAGAAGUUGAUCUGUAUGUCUUUUAUUACUGACUUAGUGCUUAUAUUUAAUGAAGUACCAUUUCUUCUGGCCCAUGUCUUGCAAAAAUAAUGUUCAUACCUUCAGAACUCACAAUACAAAUACACCAGAUUAAAGGGAAACAUUCAUAUUGUAUAAAUAAUACAUUAAACAUGUUUAAAAAUUGAA